CACAGUCAACAAACUGUGUGUUCAACCUUUGAACAAAGUUCAUCGACCUGAAGACCAGGAGACCUCCAGGACCAGAUCAGCUCAGACCAGGACCAGAGACUAACCUGACAACAGACCAACGCUUCAGAACGGACGGUGUGUUCCAGGUGUGUUCCAGGUGUGUCCCAGGUGUGUGUGGUUGUUCAGCAGCAUGGCGGUGGGCCUACAGGUUGUGGGUCUGAUCCUGGGCGUGGUGUCCUGGUGUCUGCAGUCCAGCUGUACCUCCUCUCAGGUGUGGAAGACGAAGAGUCAGAUGGAGUCAGUCAGCACGAGUCAGUGGCAGUUUGAAGGUCUGUGGAUGAGCUGUGCUGCCACCUCGCUGGGGUCCAUUCAGUGCAGCAGGUUCAAGACGGUGUUAGGACUGCCAGCUCACCUGCAGGUCUGCCGGGCUCUGAUGAUCCUGUCCCUGCUGGUCGGCCUGGCCUCCAUCAUCGUCUCUGUGUUGGGACUCAAGUGCACCAAGAUCGGCAGAACCUCGGAGCACGUCAAGGACCAGAUCGCCCUGAGUGGAGGGAUCCUGUUCAUCCUGUCCGGUGUCUUCACUCUGACUGCUGUCUCCUGGUACGCCGCCAGAGUCAUCCAGGACUUCUACAGCCCGGUUUACGGAGGGAUGAGGUUCGAGCUGGGUACUGGUCUGUAUCUGGGCUGGGCGGCCUCCUUUCUGGCCAUCCUGGGAGGAUCCAUGCUGUGCUGCUCCUGCAGGAAGACCUCCACCGCCCCGCCUUCAGCGCAGUUUUCAUACAAUUUCACCAAAACGAGUCGAGGUCAGAACAUCUACCGAGCGGCCCCGUCAGACAGCAGCAGCUCCAAAGCUUACGUCUGACAAUCAGGCCGGAGCGUUUUAUUGUGAAAGGAUCCUUAAAUCUUUUGUACUAUUGAUGUCAACAAAAUAAAAAGCAGAUUGAGAUUUUCAAACCGUCCUCAUGAUCACCUGACGACGUCUCUCCACCAUUUCCAGGUCGUAAUGCUAAUUGUUAGCAUGCUAACAUGCUAAGCUAAGAUGGCGAACGUGGUUUAUCCUUGAAACGUUUUAUACAAAGCCUGGAAAAUGCUUCAUUUUUUUGUUUUCAAGGUUUGGAAAAUGUUUGAUUUUUAACAUGACGUGAUGGUUGUUCAAAGGUUCUUUAAAGGUUCUUUAGAGGUUCUGCAUCUUUACUGUUUAGAAUUAUUUUAAAUAUUUUGGUUGAUCAGAAAACUGUAAAAUGAAUUCACGUUCAAAUGAAAAGUGAAUUUAUUUGUUUCUUUGUUCUGUUUUAUUCCCACAUCAGAAUCAUGUGGUGCAGGUCAGCUGUGAGUCAGCAGGGGGCGACAGAUCAUUAAAGAUCAUUUUAACACUGAA